CUGCAUCCAAUCAAACUCCAGCAAACUCAUUAAUUAGAUAUCAAAGGAAAAGCAAAAGUGAGGCAUGGGUUGUUUCCUUAGGGCUGUUUGUGUUGCAUUAUGUGCUCUUUGGAUGAUACCUGCUCUCGGACUUGCAAAGCAUGCGGGCAUUACCAGGCAUUACAAGUUUAAUAUCAAGAUGCAAAAUGUAACAAGAUUGUGUCAGACCAAGAGCAUUGUGACAGUAAAUGGCCAGUUCCCAGGGCCUCGGAUCAUAGCGAGGGAAGGCGAUCGUCUUCUAAUCAAGGUGGUUAACCAAGUCCAGUACAAUGUCACUCUACACUGGCAUGGGAUCAGGCAACUAAGGAGCGGUUGGGCGGAUGGACCUGCCUAUAUCACACAAUGCCCAAUUCAAACAGGGCAGGCAUAUGUAUACAACUUCACCAUCACUGGCCAAAAAGGCACCUUGUUUUGGCAUGCCCAUAUCUCUUGGCUGAGAGUGACCGUCUAUGGACCCAUAGUCAUUCUCCCCAGAAGACAUUCAUCUUACCCUUUCCCACAGCCCUUCAAAGAAGUUCCAAUCCUUUUUGGGGAAUGGUGGAAGGCAGACACAGAGACUGUAAUUAACCAAGCCAUGCAAACGGGAGGUGCACCGAAUAUUUCUGAUGCCUACACCAUUAAUGGUCUCCCAGGACCCUUCUACAACUGCUCAGCCAAAGAUACAUUCAAGCUCAAGGUGAAGCCUGGAAAAACCUAUCUCCUUCGCCUGAUCAAUGCUGCACUCAAUGAUGAGCUCUUCUUUAGCAUCGGAAACCACACCCUCACUGUUGUAGAGACCGAUGCUGUUUAUGUGAAACCCUUCAAAACACAUAUUGUACUCAUCACUCCAGGGCAAACCACUAAUGUCCUCCUCAAGGCCAAAUCCAAGGUUCCAAAAUCCAACUUUGCCAUGGCUGCCAGGCCUUAUGCAACUGGCCCUGCCAGUUUUGACAACACCACAACAAUUGGAAUUCUGGAGUAUGAGAAAUCUUCUUCUUCCUCAAAGAACAGCCAAAAUCUCCCACUUCUGAAACCAGUACUUCCAAAGUUCAAUGACUCGACUUAUGCCUUGAAGUUUAGCAAACAGAUCCGAAGCCUGGCCACUGCAAAAUUCCCAGCAAAGGUUCCUAAGAAAGUUGACAGACAAUUCUUCUUCACAGUUGGACUAGGGAUACUGCCAUGUUCACAGAACCAAACAUGUUCCAACAACAAUACAAGGGCGGCAGCUGGAGUUAACAAUGUCUCCUUUGUGCAGCCAAACAUAGCUCUUCUCCAAGCUCACUUCUUUAACCAGUCAAAAGGAGUUUACACCACUGAUUUCCCAACCAACCCACCAUUCAAGUUUAACUACACUGGCACACCCCCAAAAAACAUCAUGCUGAACAGCGGCACAAAGGUAGUGGUGCUGCCUUUCAACACUAGUGUGGAAUUGGUAAUGCAGGACACCAGCAUCCUUGGGGCAGAGAGCCACCCCCUACACCUACAUGGUUUCAAUUUCUUUGUGGUGGGAAUGGGUGUUGGAAAUUAUGACCCCAAAAAGGAUCAUGCCAAGUUCAACCUCAUUGACCCCGCAGAGAGGAACACAGUUGGGGUACCAGCCGGUGGGUGGGUUGCCAUACGGUUCCUUGCAGAUAAUCCUGGUGUUUGGUUUAUGCACUGCCAUUUGGAGGUGCACACUAGCUGGGGCUUGAAAAUGGCAUGGGUUGUCAACGACGGGAAGGGCCGCAAACAGAAGCUGCUGCCGCCACCUUCUGACCUUCCCAAAUGCUAAAACACAAUAACGCAACUUUACUCUUUUUUCCCAUUUUUCCCCUAUAGUAUUCACUGCAUACUAAAUGGGAAAAAUGGGAAAACCAUUCAGUUGUUAUGUUCUUGAAUUCUUUCACUCCCAUUGUUGUGCAUAAAAGAGCAGUGGCUUACUAGCUUAUGAUGAUUAUCCAUAUAUUUUGUUAUACAAGCAUCCAUGGACCAAAGGAAAUUGGGACUGAGGAUGGAUUUUUGGGUAACUAUUCGAAUCCGAAUGAAACUGAAUUUUGAAG